ACUGUUUUUUAUCUCCCUAUUCAAAAUUCUUGAGAAUAGGUAUAAUCGAUUUUGAAGUGAUAAGGCAGUGGUCUUUUGUGCGUAUCUUUCAUUAAUUGUACGUUCCCUUUUAUAAAGAUAUUCUUAUUUUGAAAAGAAAACAUGGAAUCUGCUUUUGUACAUCUUGAAGAAAGCGUUCAAAAGGCUGAUGGAAAAUUAGAUAUGAUUGCUUGGCAAAUAGAUGCCUUUGAGAAAGAAUUUGAAGAUCCAGAUAGCGAGAUAUCAGUAGUUCGUUUGUUACGUUCUGUCCAUCAAGUUACAAAAGAUUAUCAAAAUCUUCGUCAAGAAAUUUUAGAGGUUCAACAGUUACAAAAACAACUUUCUGAUUCUCUCAAGGCUCAGCUAUCUCAAGUACAUGGUAAUUUCAAUUUACUUCGUAACAAAAUUGUGGGACAGAAGACAUCUCAAUUAAAGUAAGAUAAAUAAUUUUGAAA